CCGUCCGCACCGCUCCCUGGGGAUCGGCGGAGUGCGGCAGCCAGGGCGGGCGGAGGCGCGAGGAGCCGGACGCCGGCGCCGCGGGGGCCAUGACCGUGGAGCAGAACGUGCUGCAGCAGAGCGCGGCGCAGAAGCACCAGCAGACAUUUUUUAAUCAGCUGAGAGAAAUUACUGGGAUUAAUGACGCCCAGAUACUACAGCAAGCUUUAAAGGAUAGUAAUGGAAACUUGGAAUUAGCAGUGGCUUUCCUUACUGCGAAGAAUGCUAAGACCCCUCAGCAGGAGGAGACAGCUUAUUACCAAACAGCACUUCCUGGCAAUGACAGAUACAUCAGCGUGGGGAGCCAAGCAGACACAAGAAAAAAAGAGUAUAUGCCCACCAGAAUGAGAUGUACUACAGGUGAGCAAUCAAAGUAUGGAUCAAAAGAUAAGAGGGAUUUGGAUGUGAUUGAUCUCACUGGAGAUGAUAAAGAUGAUCUUCAGAGAGCAAUUGCCUUGAGUUUGGCGGAAUCAAACAGGGCAUUCAGGGAGACUGGAAUUACUGAUGAGGAACAAGCCAUUAGCAGAGUUCUUGAAGCCAGCAUAGAAGAAAAUAAAGCAUGUUUGAAGAGGACGCCAACAGAAGUUUGGAAGGAUUCUCAAAACCCUUAUGACAGAAAAAGGCAGGGUAAAACUCCUGUUGGACUAAAGAAUGUUGGCAAUACUUGCUGGUUUAGUGCUGUUAUUCAGUCAUUAUUCAAUCUUUUGGAAUUUAGAAGAUUAGUUCUGAAUUACAAGCCUCCAUCAAAUGCUCAAGAUUUACCCCGAAACCAAAAGGAGCAUCGGAAUUUGCCUUUUAUGCAUGAGCUGCGGUAUCUAUUUGCACUUCUUGUUGGUACUAAAAGGAAAUACGUUGAUCCAUCAAGAGCAGUUGAAAUUCUUAAGGAUGCUUUCAAAUCAAAUGACUCUCAGCAGCAAGAUGUGAGUGAGUUUACACACAAAUUAUUAGAUUGGUUAGAAGAUGCCUUCCAAAUGAAAGCUGAAGAGGAGACGGAUGAAGAGAAGCCAAAGAACCCCAUGGUAGAGUUGUUCUAUGGCAGGUUCCUAGCUGUGGGAGUACUUGAAGGUAAAAAGUUUGAAAAUACUGAGAUGUUUGGUCAGUACCCACUUCAAGUCAAUGGAUUCAAAGAUCUACAUGAGUGCCUGGAAGCUGCUAUGAUUGAAGGAGAAAUUGAGUCUUUACACUCAGAGAAUUCGGGAAAAUCAGGCCAAGAGCAUUGGUUUACGAAACUGCCACCUGUAUUAACAUUUGAAUUGUCAAGAUUUGAAUUUAAUCAGGCAUUGGGAAGACCAGAAAAAAUUCACAACAAAUUAGAAUUUCCUCAAGUUUUAUAUCUGGACAGAUACAUGCACAGAAAUAGAGAAAUAACAAGAAUUAAGAGGGAAGAGAUCAAGAGACUAAAAGAUUACCUCACAGUAUUGCAGCAAAGAUUAGAAAGAUAUUUAAGCUAUGGUUCGGGUCCCAAACGAUUCCCAUUGGUAGAUGUUCUACAGUAUGCAUUGGAAUUUGCCUCAAGUAAACCUGUUUGCACUUCUCCUGUUGAUGAUAUUGAUGCUAGUUCCCCACCUAGUGGUUCCAUACCAUCACAGACAUUACCAAGCACAAUAGAACAACAGGGAGCUCCCUCUUCAGAACUGCCAAGCACAUCACCUGCAUCAAUAGCUGCCGUUUCCUCACGAUCAGUAAUAUAUAAACCGUUUACUCAGUCUCGGGUACCUCCGGAUUUGCCCAUGCAUCCAGCACCAAGGCACAUAACAGAGGAAGAACUUUCUGUGCUAGAAGGCUGUUUACAUCGCUGGAGGACAGAAAUAGAAAAUGACACCAGAGAUUUGCAAGAAAGCAUAUCCAGAAUCCAUCGAACCAUUGAACUAAUGUACUCUGACAAAUCUAUGAUCCAAGUUCCUUAUCGCUUACAUGCUGUUUUAGUCCAUGAAGGCCAAGCUAAUGCCGGGCACUACUGGGCAUACAUUAUUGAUCAUCAUGAAAACAGGUGGAUGAAGUACAAUGAUAUUGCUGUUACAAAAUCAUCAUGGGAAGAGCUAGUGAGGGACUCUUUUGGUGGUUAUAGAAAUGCCAGUGCCUACUGUUUAAUGUACAUAAAUGAUAAGGCACAAUUCUUAAUAAAAGAGGAGUUUAAUAAAGAAACUGGGCAGGCCCUAGUUGGAAUAGAAACAUUACCACCGGAUUUAAGAGACUUUGUUGAAGAAGACAACCAGCGAUUUGAAAAAGAACUAGAAGAAUGGGAUGCACAACUUGCCCAGAAAGCUUUGCAGGAAAAACUUAUAGCAUCUCAGAAACUGAGAGAGUCAGAGUCUUCCAUAACAACAGCACAAGCAGGAGAACCAGAAUAUCUAGAGCAGCCAUCAAGAAGUGAUUUCUCCAAGCACUUGAAAGAAGAAACUAUUCGAAUAAUUACCAAGGUAGCACAUGAGCAUGAAGAUAAAAGUCCUGAAACAGUUUUGCAGUCGAAUCCUGAAAAUACCACAAGCCAACCACCUUCUAACCAGCAAGUUGUAGAGGUGGCGAUUCCUCAUGUAGGGAAAUUUAUGAUUGAGUCAAAGGAGGGGGGUUAUGAUGAUGAGAUGAUGAUGACACCGAACAUGCAAGGUAUUAUCAUGGCGAUAGGUAAAUCCAGGAAUGUGUAUGACAGGUGUGGCCCUGAAGCAGGGUUCUUUAAGGCAAUUAAGUUAGAAUAUUCAAGACUGGUUAAAUUGGCCCAAGAAGAUACCCCACCAGAAACAGAUUAUCGGUUACAUCAUGUAGUAGUUUACUUUAUCCAGAACCAGGCACCGAAGAAAAUCAUUGAAAAAACAUUAUUAGAACAAUUUGGAGACAGAAAUUUGAGUUUUGAUGAGAGGUGUCACAACAUAAUGAAAGUUGCUCAAGCCAAACUUGAAAUGAUAAAACCUGAAGAAGUAAACGUGGAGGAAUAUGAGGAGUGGCAUCAGGAUUAUAGGAAGUUCAGGGAAACAACCAUGUAUCUCAUAAUUGGGCUAGAAAAUUUUCAAAGAGAAAGUUACAUAGAUUCCUUGCUGUUUCUUAUCUGUGCUUAUCAGAAUAACAAAGAACUCUUGUCCAAAGGCCCAUACAGAGGACAUGAUGAAGAAUUGAUAUCACAUUAUAGAAGAGAGUGCUUACUAAAAUUAAAUGAGCAAGCAGCAGAACUGUUUGAAUCUGGAGAGGAUCGAGAAGUAAACAAUGGUUUGAUUAUCAUGAAUGAGUUUAUUGUCCCAUUUUUGCCACUAUUAUUGGUGGAUGAAAUGGAAGAGAAAGAUAUACUUGCUGUGGAAGAUAUGAGAAAUCGGUGGUGUUCCUAUCUUGGACAAGAAAUUGAAUCACAUCUCCAAGAGAAGCUGACAGAUUUUCUGCCAAAACUGCUUGAUUGUUCCACAGAGAUGAAAGGUUUCCACGAGCCACCGAAGUUACCUCCCUAUUCCACACAUGAACUCUGUGAACGAUUUUCCCGAAUCAUGUUGUCUCUCAGUCGAACUCCUGCUGAUGGAAGAUAAACUGCAUACACUCUCCCUAAACACACUGUAUAAAAUUUUUUAGUUCUUAACCCUUGCCUUCCUGUCAUAGGGUUUGCUUGCUGCUGCUAUAGUUUUUAACGUUUUUUUUUUAAUUUUAAUAAUGGUAAAAGACAAAAUGACUCUACAAACUUUAGCCAGACUGCAAACAAUAAAGCUGAGAAUCGCAUGGCACUCGGACUUUGUUUUAACCAGAACUGAUGUAUAAUCACAGAUCUGAUUGAUUUUAUUAUGGCAAAACCAUGCUUUUGCCAUCUUUCUGUUACAGUAUUAUCAUGCUUUUAUCUUUUCUUUAUCUACAGCUUUCCAUUCAGUAUGGAUCCUUCCAUGACUACAGCCAUUUAAGUGUUCAGCACUGUGUACGAUAUAUAAUAUUUGGUAGCUUGUAAAUGAAAUUAAGAAUAAAGUUUUAUUUAUGGCUACCUACAUGUUUGUAAGCAGGUAUAUUGUAUAUUAGUGUAUUGUUUUAGUUAUGUAAAUGAACUUUGUGUGGGAAUGUUUAAGAUUGGGUGAUGAAUAGAUUAAUACAAACUUUUAAUUUUGCUCUAAUGUUAACACAUUGGAAAUUUCUAAGUAUUUGACAUUUAAAUAUAUCUAUUUUUGACUAAGUUGUUAAACUUACUAUGGCACCUACACCUGUUUUGAAUUCAAGUCGGGUUUUCACUGAAGUAAGCAGCUGAUAUUUAAGUCAACCACACUGGAACUUUUAACUUUUUCUUAGAUUCACCUUUUAUUUUUUUAUGUAUUUACAAAUAAUAUAGUAAGGUGAUUAUUUCAAAAGAUAUCAGAAAAAAAGUACUUGAAUAAGGGCUAUUUAAUAGUAAAACUUAUAAGAAAUAUGUAUAUGUAUAUAUGCACAUACAUAUACACAUACACAUAUUCUUCAUAAUGGAGGACAUUGUUUGGCAUAUAUAACAUUCUAUUUUUGUAAAUUGUAUACCACUUUAACUGAAAAUGUUCUCUACUAAUCAAUGCUGUGAAAUGAAGGUAUUGUUGAAUGAGAAGUUUUGAGUAUCUUACCUGCUUUUAUUUUUCUCCUUUUCUAAAAGGAAAAUAUUUUGUAGAUGGAACUGCUGUUUAAGAUUAAUGGGGUAAUAUUGUGAAUGAAAAUCAAUGCUUUAAAGGUAACUAUGUUACCAACAACCUAUUUUUGAAUUUAUAAAAAUUUCUUUAUAAAUGAUACUUUGUUAGCAUAGUAAAAUAUAUCAUUAUA